AAUAGUCCAUCACUCGCUUCUAAGCUUGACUGUUCGAAAACAACAGAGGUUACCUACCUACCCGUCUUUAUACCUUGGAAUCACCCAUUCACUCUCAAAUACCUACCUACAUAUAUAUAUAUAUAUAUAUCUCCUACAUAGGUACCUACCUAUCUACCUAUCUAAGGUAUUAAUUACCCUUCCCACAUUAAGAGCGUCACCAGAAAAAGUCGAGAUGGCGUCCCAGCAAGUGAUUAGACACGCCUCUAUCGAGACUUUGCGAGAAAUUGCGAAAGCAAAUGGAUUUCUCAUAAGGCCUCAAGAUGAGCCGGAGUAUCUCGACUUCGUUCAUGCCGCGGAGGAAUCCGUAGACUUCGUCAACCGCAUGCCAGAUUAUAUCGACUCACAGCUUACACCAGCCAUCGGGGCUUCUGAUCCAACAUCUCGGGCAUAUACUCUACCAUCUGCUUCUGAGAACCCUUUGAAUGCAUGGAGAUAUCGAACACAUAUCGAAGCACCCAAUCUUGCAAAUGGCAUCGGCUUGCUAGCUGGCAAGAAAGUCGCCAUCAAGGAUAACGCGUCUGUAGCGGGCGUGCCAACCACGGGCGGCACGCAGCCUUUCCACCUAACCAAGGAUAAGCCAGCUCCCAUCCCGAUCCUCGAUGCGCCCACCGUAUCCCGCAUCCUCGAGGCCGGCGCGGUCAUCACAGGUACUUCGACAUGCGAGAAUUACUGUAUGUCGGCGAUGUCUUGCACCAGCGCUACCGGCCCUGUGGACAACCCUUGGUUAAGGGGUUACUCUGCCGGUGGGAGCAGCAGCGGAUCGGCAGUUCUUAUCGCCAUCAAUGUAAUCAAGAAGUGGCGCGAAGCUAGAGGUCUCCCCAUCGAGUAUCUAGGCGAAGGGGUAGACUUUGCCCUUGGAAGUGAUCAAGGCGGCAGCAUCCGGAUUCCCGCCGCAUAUUGUGGCAUUCACGGUCUCAAGCCAACGCAUGGGUUGGUUCCUUUCACGGGCAUUAAUUCGCUGUUCCCCAUACUCGAUCACGCUGGUCCGAUGGCCUCCUCCGUCCGCGAUACCGCGCUCCUCCUUACCGCGCUUGCCGGUUACGACGGCUUCGACCCACGUAUGACGCCCGAGACUCCCCUCCGGUCUGCCGUACCGCAGUAUCAUGCUAUACUCGAUGAACAGAUCGCCGCGCGCACCGCGGCUGGGACUUGGACCGCCCAAGCAGCUGCUCGUAAUAUACGCGUCGGAGUUCUGAAGGAAGCUUUCGAAGUUGCCGGCAUCGAUCCUGAGGUCGUAUCCGUUGUCCGUAAGGCCUCGUCACGCUUCGCCGUCCUAGGCGCGUCUGUCACUGAUGUCUCCAUCCCGUUACAUCUCGUGGCGCCUCAUAUCUUCACGGCCUCAACUCGUACUCACAUGGGAGAUAUUUUGUUAGCCCGCCAAGGCUCCUCUACAGCAUCAUCUCUCCCGUUUCCCUUCCCAGCCUCCGCACCAGCGACCCCCGAUCAGAUAUGGUAUGAGACGAUGACGGCGUCGAACCCGCUUACCGUCGGUUUGAUUUUGAGUAGUGAGCUCCUAGGCGACCGGUCGAAGUAUCCGGAAAGUGUGCGGGAGAAAGCCGUACGCCACGUCCAAGAACUCCGCGCCGCUUACGACAGAGCGCUGCAGCAAUUCGACGUGCUGAUCAUGCCCGCGACUCCGACGGUAGGGCCACGACAUGCGAGAGCUGACAUGGGUGUCGCGGAGAAGGCGGGAUUCCUACUUUCGAACACGGUCAACACUAUGCCGUUUAACAUUACAGGUCAUCCGGGUUUGGUCAUACCCGUCGGCUGGGGCCAGGUUGGAGGCGGCGACGGAAAUGGAAAGAAAUUGCCGGUUAGUAUGCAGAUUGUGGGCAAAAGAUGGGACGAGCAGACGGUCUUCCUCGCCGCCGCCGCGUGGGAGGUUGGAGGUCUAGGGUUAGAUGAGUAGAGGAACGAUCAAGAGUACAGAAAUAGAGGUGAUAUGUACCUACCUAGACACGUAUCUCUCUUCCUACGAGCCUGAAUCACUUUACCAUAAACAUACCAUAAAC